AAAUAAUUAUUUUGCAGGAGAAUGGCUGAAAGUAGGCUAAACUUAGCGAUUCAUGAGGCUAAUAGGAUUUAUAAUGUGGCUGAGAGUGAGAAGAGAGAGGGCGAUGUAGAGGAGGCAGUUGAGUUUUAUAAGAAAGCAUGUGAAGCGUAUCUUGGGGUUGUUAAGGUGUGUGAGAGUGAAGGGAGUGAUGACUUGGAGCUGAAGAAGAGGAUGAAGGUGUUUGCUGAGUCUUGUAAGCGUGAAGUUGAGAUUUUUAAUCUUAGAGAGGAUCUUUUGAAUGAUUAUGGAGAGAGUUCGCAGGGUAAUUCUAGUAUUUUUGGUGACUUAAAAUCAAGCUUCUGUAACUACACAGUGGUCUCUGAAAGCAUGUUUCAUAAUGAUCUUGAUGAAAACAGCAAAAAUAAUCAAGAGGAACUUAGCAGAGUGAAACUUAAGCUUGAAACCAUGAAGGGAAAGAUUAUAAAAAGACUAGACUCAUUAGAAAAAGCAUUCCUAAAGCUUGAGUCACUAUACAAUGAAGAUAUUAGAUCUGCAUUGGCCGAUCCUACUCUCACUAUCGAAGAUCUAAAUCUCAAAAGAGUAGAUAAGUGCAUGACAGAUUUGAAGAAGUACAUUGAUAAAGUUGCUGAUUCAGCAAGUAGUGACUUCAAAAGCGAGAUUUCUCAGUUGAAUUCUUCUAUCCAUGGGUCAUCUUUAAAAUCUUCUUUGAUGGUAAAAGGAAACCAAGCCUUAAUAGAAGAGGAAUCUGUUGAUAUUGAAGGGCUCCCUCCAGGUAUUACAGUGGAUGAAAUGAAGCAUUAUUUAGCCCAGAAGAAUCCUCCGUUAUUUGUAACUUUCGAAAAAUAUAUUGGUUGCGUAAACUUGUUAGAAGAGGCUAAGGAAAAGUUCAAUAAAAAGAAAGAGCAGUUAGAAAGCCUUCGUAAGAAACACAAUCGUCUUAUUCAAGAAAUAGAAAAACUGAAGAAUUAA